AUGCCAUAGUCAACUAUGUAUAUUUUUGGGUGGGAGAGUCUAACAUUUUAGACUGUGAAUCCGCCGCCAACCGGGUCAGUUUCCGCUCCAUUUAACGGCGCUUAUUCAAUUCUUAACCCUACGAAAACACAGGCCGCCACCCAUUUUCCAAUAUCCGCCGCCGCAAAGAAAUGAAGCUCCCCGCACUCUCCCUUCACCCCCAUCACCACCUCACCACCCCCUUCCUCCACAAAACCACCACUUUCCCCGUUGCCCGCUCUGCUCCCGCCUCCAAUGCCCCCUUCACCGUACGCAUGUCCCUCCGCGACGACGGCCCCUCCGUCGCCAUCGUCGGAGUCACCGGCGCUGUUGGCCAGGAGUUCCUCUCCGUCAUCUCCGACAGAGACUUCCCCUACCGAUCCCUCAAGCUGCUCGCCUCCAAACGCUCCGCCGGAAAAUCGGUCAGUUACGAAAAUCGGGAUUACACCAUCGAGGAACUGACGGAGAGCAGCUUCGACGGCGUCGACAUUGCCCUGUUCAGCGCCGGCGGGAGCAUAAGCAAGAAGUUUGGGCCGAUAGCGGCGGAGAAGGGCACCAUUGUGGUGGAUAACAGCUCCGCCUUCAGGAUGCACGAGGGGGUUCCGCUCGUGAUACCUGAGGUGAAUCCGGAGGCCAUGGAGGGAAUCAAGCUCGGGAGUGGGAAAGGGGCGCUCAUUGCCAAUCCCAAUUGUUCCACGAUUAUUUGUCUCAUGGCCGCCACGCCGUUGCAUCGCCGUGCAAAAGUAACACGUAUGGUUGUCAGUACAUACCAGGCAGCUAGUGGUGCAGGCGCUGCAGCGAUGGAAGAGCUGGAACAGCAGACUCGUGAGGUUCUGGAAGGCAAAGAGCCCACUUGUAACAUCUUUAGGCAGCAGUAUGCCUUCAACUUGUUCUCGCAUAAUGCACCCAUUCUUUCAAAUGGAUACAAUGAAGAGGAGAUGAAAUUAGUUAAAGAGACGAGGAAGAUAUGGAACAAUAAGGAUGUCAAAGUUACAGCCACGUGUAUACGAGUACCUGUCAUGCGUGCUCAUGCUGAGAGUGUGAAUCUUCAAUUCAAGACCCCUCUAGAUGAGGAUACGGCAAGAGAGAUACUUAGCAAUGCCCCGGGUGUAGUGGUGAUUGAUGAUCGUGCAGCGAACAACUUCCCCACUCCGCUAGAAGUUUCUAAUAAAGACGAUGUUGCAGUAGGAAGAAUACGGCAAGAUGUGUCUCAGGAAGGGAACUACGGGUUGGACAUUUUUGUGUGUGGAGAUCAAAUACGCAAGGGUGCUGCGCUUAAUGCCGUCCAAAUUGCUGAAUUGUUGCUGUAGAAUUGUGCUUGUAUUUGUUUAUGGUGAGAUGCGAGUUGUCAAUUUGUAUGCGGGUUAUCUUCGGCUAUGGAGAAGCAAAAACUCCUAUGUUUUGUAGUUUACUGCCUUCAUUUUUUUCAAUAAAAGAAAGUAGUUUGGUUUGGGAGACUUA